UGGCAAUGCCGUGCUUUGGCAGAACAAAAAAGAACCCAAAAAGUUUUCAUCAGUUCACGGAGAUUUUCACUUUCUGGUGUAUUUAAUUUCUGUUGGCUAUUUGCGCUUUAUAUCUAUUCAAGGGCAAAAAUCAUAUCAAAACCUUAAAAGUAUAGUCAGUGAGCAAUAGAAGAGGAUGAAAAUCGACUAUUUUGACGAGUAGGCGCAAAAAUAGCUGGAAGUGUGUGGAAGCACCGAAUCAACGACGGAAUCCGUCUGUAUGUAAGUGUUGUGCAGCAGUUGCAAAGAGCAGUGUAGAACGGAGCACUAGUGGAAAGAGGUAGUAAAUUUAUCCGCUGCGCUUGUGGGGGGCAAACGGUGGAUGAGUAUACAGCGGCAGCGACAGCAACAGCAACAGCAGUCGUCGCCAUAAAAGAAGCAGCAGAAAAAGCGCGGAGCAGUGACAAAAUUGCGUCCGAAAAAUGCGAAAGUGAAGAAAAAGUGAAAUUCCGAAAUUGGAAUUAGUAGCGACGACUGACAACGACAAACGAAAAAAGAUCGUGGAAGGAUGAUAGCAUGAACAAGGGGAGAAAAAGUGAUAUAGAGUAGGAGUCAAAGACAAAAUUGCAGAAAAUGCAAAAACUCAUUGUGAAAUGAAAAACGAAUGGAAUACCAUUGUUGAAGUUAAAAAUCGGCUACGCCAAUUAACACUUUGCUUUUUCAUUAAAUGCAAAACUUUGCCGCGCGGCAAUUGCAUGCUACUGCUGUAGGUAAAAGGGGAGAAAAAAUACAUAGGUGCUGUUUUAUAUUGUUGCGCGCUUGCUUACCAUAUUCGCCCUUGCCUCGCCUACGUCACACAAGUCACCAACCAAGUGAACGAACAACACUACUAAUUGUGCUUUCGCGCUUUAACGCAUUAAUUUCUGUAAAAUUUACAUCGCAUUUCUUAAAAAGUUGCUUGGUUUAAUGAAAUUAUGUUGAAAUCGUCCUCUAAUGCACAGGAACUGCGGCUGUCCCGACCAGAGAGCACAGUACCACAAUCAACAAUUACAUCGGCAACCGGUACCAUGGACACAUUGAAAACAUCCUUCCUACCAAAUCUAGCUAUGGACGGUGGAGUUAUUACAUCUGCCAGCUUCUGCCCGAUGUGUGGGCAACAAUUUGAAAGACCGCAACAUGCUCAGGAGCAUAUGCAAUUAUGCCAUGGCAUAUCGGCUGGAAUGAUUGGAGGUGGCGGAGGUAUUGGUGGUGGCGGUGCAAGUGUGGGUGUAGGUGGUUUGUUAUUGGGUGGUGUUCCACAACCGAAUGCACCUGUCAGCGAUCCCAUGAAAAUCGAGUAUCCCUGCAUGAGCUGUGAAGAGAAAUUCGGAUCAGCACAAGAACUGGACGAACACCAUCGUAUAAUACAUCAAUCGACAGCGUUCUUGGCGCGAUGUAUGGCAUGUGGCAUUUAUGGUAUAUCAUCAGUUACGCUGCACGAAGGUGAUGAGUUUAAGUGUAUGCACUGUGGUUCUGUGAGCACCGCAUCAAAUAUGACUGCGCCCCAACAACCACCUUAUAUGGAUCAACCUGAACCUCCGCAAACACCAGAGGAAAUGCCUUCUAUACCGCCUGAGGAAAUGAAUACCAUACCACCGGAAGAAUUGAAUUCAAGACAGAACCAACAGCAGCAGCAGCAAAGACAACAACAGGUGCAACAGCAGCAGCAGCAACAACAACAAGUUCAACAACAUCAGCAACAACAACAGCAGCAUCAACAACAACAACCGGAUUUGCUUGAACGCCAGCGACAGCCGCAACCUGAUUUGCUCGAUCAGCAACAACAACAGGUGCAGCAACAACAGCAGCAGCAACAACAACAGCAACCACCGCCUCCACAGGCUAAUCAGCAGCAACAGCAACAAACUCAAUUAAAAGUACCGCCCCUAACCGUUAAACUGAACAAAAACAGCAAUGGCAACACCGAAGGCCAUCCACAUGUGAUAAUUAAGGAAGAACCACUUGGCAUUAGCGAUGGCAAUGGUGAUAUAGAGCAGGCCUCAGUGCCGGUAUAUACGAUUCAGCAACCGGCUGGCGCUACCAGCGUCGUAGUCAGCACAGCGACUGCAACCGGUGCAGCAAAUGCGACCGGCACAACAGCAGCGGCAGCAGGCAGUACCACCGCUACCACUCCUGCGGCGGGAAACAAAGUGCGUCAUAAAUGUCCAGAAUGUCCGAAAACCUUCAAAACGCCCGGCACAUUGGCAAUGCACCGCAAGAUACACACUGGCGAAGCAGACGUCACGCCCAAAGAACGCCCCUACACGUGCUCCUACUGCGGCAAGUCAUUCACCCAAUCGAACACCCUCAAACAGCACACGCGCAUUCAUACAGGUGAGAAACCCUUUAGAUGUGGAUAUUGUGGCAGGCAAUUCACUGUAAAGGACUACCUGAACAAACAUUUAACAACUCACACGGGUGAGAAACCAUUUAAUUGUAUCUACUGUGAGAAACGUUUCAGUGUCAAGGAUUACCUCACCAAGCAUAUACGCACACAUACUGGUGAAAAACCGUACACCUGCCCCUAUUGUGACAAGCGUUUUACACAGCGCAGCGCGCUAACGGUACACACAACCAAGUUGCAUCCACUCUAGGGAAGACCGAUUGGCAAGGGUAGCCGUGGCCGUUUGUUAACAUAGUCUACGCUGAGUGAUAAGAUGGAGCCAGCGGCCGGCAAUGGUGUGAACGAGACGCUGGCUAGUGCGGAGACAACAACUGUGACAGCAGCAACAGCCACAACAACAACAACAGCAACAACAAAUACAAAUCUUACAACUGCAACAAUCAAUUUAUCAAUUAAUCAGCUACAACAACAGCAACAACAACAAGAACAUCAAAAAUUACCACAACCACCACGAGAACAACAGCAGCAACAACAACAAUCAGAGGACGUAACAACAAACAAAGAACUCGACUUUGUACUGCAUUCGAUCGGCUUGUAGCGUUAAUAAAGCUCGAAGCAUUGCAGUUGGUCACGGCGGCAGUUGAUAAAAUGAAAUGUGCGCGCGCAAAUGGAAAUGCAACAAAAACAAUACGUUUUAUCAAAAGAACAAAUCUCUAUGGAAAUGUAAAAAGUGACUAGAAAACAGUGAUUAUGCGUAGCUUUUAACGUGCAAAGAAAGAAAAAAAAAACGGACUAUAUUUCGGGCGGCAUUGCUAAAAUUGCUAAAAACAAAAGGUUGAGAACAGCGAAAUCUUAAAAAGCUGACAAAUUAAAGCAACAAAUAUAUUUACAAACACAAUCAGCUGUAACUAAGUAAAACGAGCAUGCCGGUUAAUUAUAUGUUUAAUGAUGUAAGUGUGUGAAAUACCAAAAUGACAAAAAUCAAAUGCAAAUGCAAGUGAGGACAUGUAAACAGCAACAACAACAAGUUGAGAUAAAAGAAAAAAAUAUUUAAUAUACAUAUAUACAUACAUAUAAUCUAUUAGUGCUAAAGUUUAGUGAAAAUGUGGGAUUACCACCGUCUAAUUGUACGAGUAGUUUAUUAAAUGCAAAGUUCAAAUAUAUACACACAUAUACACAUACAUACAUAUAUAUUUGAACUUUUUAUCAUUAAACUAACCUAAAUGAUAAUGAUAACAAAUCUAAUGUUUAAUAUUUCAGGUUUUUAUGCUUAAUUUUUGUAAUUUAUAAAAACGAAAAGUCUUAUAUAUACAAACAUACAUACAUAUAUAUAUGAAAACUAAAAAUUUUUAUAAUGCAUUAUUGCUUUUUUCAUAACCGUGCUGUGUUGAUAUCCACUUAAAUUUGUCACUUUUUAAAUUGUGCAUUGUUUGCUUGUUUAUCGUAUAUUUUUUGUGAUUUUUAUAAGCAUUUUAUAUUUGUGGUUUUUGAAAAAAAAAAUUAAAAUUAUACAUACUGUACUUGUGCAUAUUUAAACACACUCAAGGCAAUUUACUAUAGCUAUAAAAAUAUACUUUGCUUGUUUGUAAAACGAUUUCAGUAAAUUUAUUUUAAAUUUAUCAGACUUUUAAAAUUAAUAAACAAUAUUUAAAAACUCAAAUUCUAAUUUUAAUAUUUUAACUCUACGUUUACGCACAAAAGUGUUACAACUAGAAACUUGUAUAACUAACGUUGUUUAAAUUUAUUUAUGAACCAUUUUAGUGUGUUAAGGCCUUAAAAAAUAUUUAAUAAUACGUGUUUUUCAUAAAA